UAUUUUUCAGAUAAAAUGUGCAGUGAACACAAGCCAACCAGAGACGCAAGAAUAAGGUUCAGAAUGCGAGCUCAGAUAUUUCUUCAACUGUUUUGGGGUUUAGGGAUUUAUUUUUCAGAAGCGGGGUUUCCACCAAAGAUUCCAUACCUGUUCUGGACAGUCAAUACAAAUCAAGUAUUCUACCUGAAUAAUACAGAGAAUUGGAUUCGGCAGAAUGAACCACCCAAUAUAUUCAGGUUUUCUUAUGGUGACAGUAAACACAAACAUUUGGGAUGUUCCUUCGAUAUGGAGAGAAAGUACCUACUCUUCAGUGAUAAUUCGGCGAACACAAUUUCACUUCUGGCAGAAAAUUCCGGCGGAGGACUGCAAGACGUUUUUGUACACAUCGGAACUUCCUCUGGAGUUGGACACGUAGCCGUGGAUUGGAUAAGCUCCAAUGUGUAUUGGUCCGAUAGUUUGUUUGGCUGGAUCGGACUGCAAGCUCUACCAAAGAACAUUCAUAAUGCCGCAUUUAACCGAAAUUUCAAGGUAGUGGUUGACAAGUUCCUAGACAUUCCCUCAGGUCUUGCUGUGCACGCCAGUAAAAGAUUCUUGUUUUGGACCGAUACCGGAAUCCAACCAAAGAUAGAACGUUCUCUGCUAGAUGGUUCUAAAAGAAAGGUCCUGGUUUGGUCCGGGAUUCUGUAUCCGGUUUCCAUUGCUGUUGAUGUCCAUAGCAACACAAUUUAUUUCACCGACUCAGCGCGCGAAACUGUGGAGUCAUGUGACCUAGAAGGAAAUGGAAGACGAAUUCUAUUCUACGAGACAAAUUCUGUCUUCUAUGGGAUCGAAACUUUCAAGAACUACGUGAUAGUCUCCGACCAGACAUCAAACCGUAUUCUCGUCCUGUCUAAUUCAACUGGUCAGAAAAUGGUGACCCCAUUAAGGACUCCUUCCCCUCCGUUCUCAUUGGGCUUGGUUUCACAGGACAACCAACCGAUUGGCUCCACGGAUUGUGAUACAUUUGGAUGUAGCCAGAUAUGCAUCAUUGAAUCCUCGGGGGCUAGGUGUCUGUGUGAGGACGGGUACUCUUUGUUGGCAGACGGUAAAACGUGCACUGUUACAGACAAAACCAUACAAAGGAGCAUACUUUUCGCAGCCGGACCACAAAUUUGCCAUUACCCUAUAACAGUUAUAAAUAGCUUUAAAUACAUGACUAUCUCAACACCAUGUGACCUUAUUGCCACUACCCCUGGCAAUGUUUCGUACUUUGCGAUUGCUAUGCACUCAAAUCAAGUAUUCUACGCUAAAGAUGACACCAUUUUCAGUCAGAAUUUGUUCGGAAACGUUUUCGUCUCAAAUUUUUCCACUCGCAACAAAAUUUCAGGUUUGGAUUACGACUGGGUGACAGAUACUGUGUAUUGGAGUGAAGAAUCUGUGGCAAAGAUCUUCUAUUGGAACGUUUCAAGCGACAGGGUUGCCAAUACAGGAGAAAUAACGGUCCCAGGUUUAGGAAUUCCAAAGGCACUGAAAAUCGAUCCAUUCAAAAUGAGAGUAUUUUACAUUGAUUCCUCAACGACUCCAUCUAUAAAAGUAAUUUAUUUGACGAAUAACAGAAUUGAAACUCUAGAAAACUAUGAUAUAUCAAACCCAAUAUUCCUGCAUUUCGAUCGACGAAAGGACACCGUAUUUUGGAGUGAUAAUGGCAGGUCCUCUUUGGGAUCGGUAAGAGCUGAUGGUCUAAAUACAAAAAUUAAACAACUUCCGGAAGGAUCAAUUCUAACUGGAAUUGCAGUAUACAAGGAUUACUUACUUUGGUUAUCCAACACCCAUUCGAACCAUUCUCUUAACGUACAGGAGAACACAACUUUGGGCUCUGACACCAUUAUAAACAUGUCGCUUGGUGUAGUGGCUCCGAGAGUGUUAGACUUGCGUGUAUUUGAUAGAGCCUUGCAACCAUCUGUCCGAGAACCAUGCAUCACUGACAACGAUGGAUGUCAACAUAUUUGUAUCGUAGAAGGGGAAUCAAGUCAGUGUGCUUGUCACGUGGGAUACACUCUCCAAUCUGACCGGAAGUCGUGUUUGUCGGCUCCUGUUGCCAGUAACUUCUUACUGACCACUGAUAUCCAAAUUAAGGGCAUAUACCAGAUAAACCUUGAAAAUAAAAAUAUCAGCGCUGUAGACGUAUUGGCGGGAAACCCUAACAUUCCAGAUUAUGACAAUGUCAGAAGAAAACUUGUUUGGUGGGAUAAAUCAAAAAACACCAUUAUGGAAAGUUAUCUAGAUGGAACAGAUGGAAAAGCUGUAAAAGGUGGUGUGAGGAAUGUUGGGGGACUAGUGAUUGACCAUUCGACAGGAAAUAUAUUUUACGCAUCGGACAACAAUAUAUAUGUUACAACCAGUUCAGGCAAUGUGUAUCGUAAACUUUUGAGCGGAGUCAAUAUUGGAUCUCUUCAAGUAGACUCAAAACGAGGCAUCAUGGUAUGGAUUGAGGGGCGACCAAACCCCAAAAUCAUACGGUCUUAUAUGGAUGGCACCAACGUUGAAACUAUUAUUUCCAAUUCAACCCAUUUCAUCAGUACACCUAUGGAUUUAGCCAUAGACAACUCAGAUGGCAGUCUUGUAUGGUGUGAUGAUACCUUGGAUAAAAUUGACAUCGUAAGCAUGAUCACUCUGACGUCACGUACAGUCAUUAGCAACAGGGGAGAAUACCCUGUAUCUGUGGCGGUUCUCGGGGAAUUCAUUUAUUACAUAGCUAGAGACAGAAGAUCAAUCACAAAGAUUUCUAAAAUAAUUGGAUCCAAGCCUGAUGACGUGGUGUCCUCCCCAUUAUUUGGUAAACUCUUGUACCUAACCAUCUAUGAGGAAAGUAAAACUUUACAUAAACUGUGUUCUAACCAAAACGGAAUGUGCAGCAAAUUUUGUUUACCAAGAGGAGAAAAUGAUAGAGUAUGUGAUUGUGAAGAUGGCAACAUUGUCAAUUCAGAAGGACUUUGCCCCGGCGACGUACAGUGCCCGUUAGUUAUAGACCACGGAAGAAUCCCAACAACUUGCAGACGACUGACCGGGGACGUUUGUGAGUUCACGUGUAACGAAGGUUAUCAGCUCGGUGUACCGGAAACAACCAUGCUUCUGUGUGGAUCCAAUGGGAAGUGGAACCAAACGAGCGAGCUGUGUAAAGUUAAAAAGUGUCAGGACUCGUUUGAAAAUGGUAACAUAGCGUCUGGUUGCAGCCUUGAGGUGGAUACUACAUGUGGAUAUACAUGUCACGAUGGAUAUAUUAAGUCGGGAUCGGUAUCCUUAGUCUGCAAUAAGAAUGGAGCUUGGAACGAAGAGAUUAGCCAGUUAUGCAAACUCAAAGACAAAGGCAACACUGAUACAAUUAUAGGAGGAGUGGCUGGUUCAGCAGCAGGCCUCGUUUUGAUUAUUGUCAUCAUUGUUGCUGUCGUCUGCAUGCGGAUUAGAAGAAAGAAGAAAAGGGAUUCAGAGAACCAACCCAUUAACGUGUCUUACGUUUGCCCAAGCGUGAGUGGAAGUGUUCUCUCCACCUCUCAAAUAAGUACCUACACAACACUUACCGAUGACAGAGAAAGUGUCUACAGUGAAAUCAGAGAAGAGUUUGAUCAACCCAAAACGGUUGAAAUACCACCAAUACAUGAUAAAAAUUUUAAGGAAAUGGGAGUGGAUAUUCAGAAAGGUUCGUCAAUAAGAUCUGAAAGAUAUUCCAUCUUUCCAGGAAAAAAUGCGGACGAAGGUGGCUACCUUGAGGCAUGCCAUGUAGGAAAUUCUAAUGAUUUUCUGCCUGUGCCUGAUUAUGAGCAUUAUGAUUGGUUGGAAUCAAGCCCACGUAACGGAUAUCUGGAUGCAGUGAGGAUAAAUGAUCACUAUGGAAACCCAAAACGCAAAGAUGAUGCCCGUUUUAAACAUCCGUAUGAGUAAAAAUGUUGCAUAGUUUUAGGGAAGAAUGUCGUUAUAAAAAUGCUGAGUUACUCCAUGUGUGAGAUUAUCAUCCUUUUUGUCAAUUAUUUUGAAUUACAUCUAAUGCAUGUAAUACUAGUAUUUCGCGGCAAAAAAAUAAAUUCAGUUGACUAUAGCACACAAAGGACUAUUAAAGUUUAAGUGCUUAAGAUUUUAGAAGCAUUGCAAAGUAGUCAAACGGAACUAAUACCACAUUUAAGGAGGUUGGAUGGUCAACAAUUAACCAUCAGAUGUACUUGAACAUUUAUAGAUAUUAUUGUUAUUACUAUUAUCAAGUAAAGAAAAUUUCUAUAUUUUACUUUCUAAAUUUGGGAUAUUCCCUAUAGCUCUUUCUCGUUAGGAGAUCAAUGCAAAGUAAAAAUGCAACGAAAUCAUAAUACAAAAAAGUAUGUGUAUACAUGCAUAACUGGCUGUAUAUCUAAAUACUAAGUAUAUGCAGUUUAAUUUCUAUGAACUUGAGUGUAUCUUAGACAUAUUUAGACUAUGUUGAAUAAACCAUUUUUCGUGUUAUUACUGUGGAAUUCGAAAAGUAUUGGUAGCUUUCAUAGUCUCCACUGGAAAAACCAAUCCACUUAGUUUUAAGUGAGAGGGGGUCCAGCUCUUCGGCUUGCUUCAGUGGUUGAUGACUCGGGUUGCAGAGAACAUGUGGUAUUUGUUGUUUUUAAACAACUAUGAAAAACGGUCACAUGCGUUUUAGCCGGGCUCUGCUGAAAACAAAGUCCUGGCUGUAGGCAGGCAAAUCGCCAAUAUUUCUAUAAAUAGGACAACUUCAAAAGAAAACAAAAAACCAAACAGCGUUAAAGUAAAAGCUUCUGCUAUACCAAAUAAUUAUACAAAGAGCCACGUU